AUAUAUGUACGAAUGACAUACGGUGUACGCACGCAUACAUACAGGAGGGCCGGUUGGAGUAAAAAGCUAUAUUGACAGAAAAAGGCAGGUAGGAGGGAAAUGAUAUGCCCGAGCGUAGACGAAAGUAAGUAGGUGGUUCACCGGCUUUCCGGUUUUUAUCUGGGCGUUGUCGCUGUCGGAAUCAUCGUGUUUCACUUUUGCUUUCAACGAUGGACGAUAACAAUCCGACGAGGUUAGCUACGGAUAGCUACGAAAUGGUUAAGGCUUUGUAUGACUUCAAGGCUACAUUUGCCAAGACUCUCAGCUUCCGGGAGGGUGAGUAUUUCAUUCUUCUGCAGCGUAAUGUCAAGCAGAAAAACUGGUGGCAAGUUGUGAACAGAGGGGGACGUCUAGGUUACAUACCAUCCAAUUACAUUGCCUCUGUGAAGGCUCAACCUCAGUUUAUGAUUGAUUUCUUGGAAGAUUGUAUACUAACUUUGGAAACAGAAAUUAAGAAAGAUAGUGACUCUGUGCAACCUGACAAGCAGGAUCUCUUGGCAAAGUUAAUAGAAAGAAAGAAACAGGUUGAGUUAAGCAAAAAAUCCAAAAGACAAGCGCCUAAACCACCAGAUUUAGAUUGUGGUAUUAUAACUAAAGAAACAUAUUCUGUGACUGCUUGUGACAAUACAGAAGCAGAUGUUAAAUCAGCGCCCAGUAAUACUUCUUAUGCAACUGCGCAGACGACUCUUCGCAGUAAUAUCGCAGAUCAUAUUCAAGAAAUUACACAAUGUCAACGUUCAAAUCGAGACGAGCAACAUGUGCAAUCACUUCCUCGUCAAUCGUCCUCUGAUAUUGUGCAGAAAGUUCAGGCACCGAUUACUGAAAUUCGUAAAACUUCCUCUCAAGGUAGCAUAAAAAAUAUGUGUAGUGGCUCGCCAAUUAAAAGUAAUUCGCCUGCUAAGAACAGCUCACCAGUAAAGAGCAAUUCCUUACAAGUUAUUAACUCGCGAAACGCUUACCAACUGCUUGAUCAAGUACGCAAAAAUACUCAACUUAGUCACGAAAUGUCGAAAGUAGCAGUCACAGUUGUAGUAUCUAAUUUGCGGCAAUUGCUGCCAGAAACUGUAAGUCAUUAUCUUGAUGCUUUGCUGCAUCAGUUACAAACACCGCUGAUUGUAUCAAAAAUGAGUAUAGAAGAAACUUACGAUGCUAAUAGGUUGAAAAUUAUUUUUACCGAACUGACUUCGUGCAAGGAAGAUUCACAGCAAAGAAGUUGGAUGCUUUAUGAAGAUGAAUCUAUCAUCGUGGAAUAUAUCAAAGAAUUAACCGAGAUAUUGACUAAUGCUGAUUCAAAUGUAUCAAGACAUGUUUUAAGGCAAGAUCGAUACAAUGGUGUAACAAUAUUGAUACAGUAUUAUCAAAUGGAGACGAGAUGGACUAUUAGACAAUUGUUGUUGCAAUCAUUUGGUGUUAUGUGCAGUUUAGAUCCAGUAGUUCUAACUAUAAUGUUAAAUAGUAUUUUACCAAUGGAACUAGCAAGAGAUAUGAAGAGUAAUUCCAGGAAUGUAUUAAGAUUAAAUUAUUCUUCAUUAUUGCUUACAAUGAUUUUUUCAAUGGGUGAACCUAUGCCAGUUACACAUUUAGAACAACUUGGUUCAGAUUUUAUAUCAUUCCUGCUGGACCUAAUAGAAACACCACCUGACACAGAUCUGGAAGAUCAAAUCCCAGAUUUGUUCAUAAAUUUGAUAUUAUCUUAUAAUUUACAAUUUACAACUUCUGAAAAUAUUGUUCUAAAUGCCUUACGUGAGCGAACUGUUGCCAAGACAUUCACUGAAAAAAUUCUAUUUCUUUUUAACAGAGAAGAGGAUCCGGUACGAAUAUUUGAUCACGAGCCACAACCAUCGCAUUCGGUAUUAAAACUUUUCGUCGACUUGUUCAGCAAUGAUACUAUAGCAAGUCUCUUUUAUACCAACGAUGUGAAAGUUCUUAUUGAUAUUAUACUACGCCAACUUUUUGACAUGUUCCCGGGUGAUAAGCGUAGACAAUAUUUGGAACUCUGUCGCCGUGUUCUACGCACAUCCAAUUAUAAUGAGCAUCGACAUCGAUCUGGAGACUUAUUAAAAUGUUUUACGAGGAUAUUUUGUGAGGAAACAGCAGAAAGUCAUGAAGACCAGCAAGUAGUACGCGAAAUUAGCAACGAAUUUCCACACUUGUUUAGAAUGUGACAUUUAAUUCCCCCAUCUUGUCAAGAUUUUGACGAAGAUGACUUGCAAACUCUCGUUUAAGUAGAUCUGAGAAUUUAUCAACGGUAAGGAGAAAUCAAAUUCAUGACAAAUUUUGUUGAUAGCCUUAUGGUUCUUCUAUACUUUAUUUAGUAAAGAGAAACGCACAGCUUAUGAUAUAACAAUGAUAUGUUUUAUGACUGCCAUAAAUGUCUUCAUUCUGUUGGUGCUACAAGACAUCAUUCUUCGUGUAAGUGAACCUAUUUAGAAUAUAUGGAAUUAUUAUAUAUGCAUAACACGAAACAUAAGAAAUCAUUCUUUUCAUUCUAUUAUGAGGACCAUCGAUAUAUAAAAACAUUCCAACUUCGCAUAGUUACAUUAUGUUAUAUUUAAUAUAUAAUUAAUUAUUAUAUAUAGAUUAAAAGUAAAAUAAUUUAUACUUAUAGAUUAUAUAUUGAGAUAAACUUUAAUAUAAACUCAUACAGCUGAUACAUUUGUGUGUUAAAAAAGAUGGAGAAAUGAAGUAGAAUGAUUAAUAUUAUUUCUCCAUAAAGUAGUCUAGUCUAUGUAUGUGCGCGUGCGAGUAUAUGCGCGCAUGUGUAUCAGAAUAUAUUUUAACAAGUAAAAGACCAAUUUUUGACACCACGAAUUUCGUAAAGUUUAUAGUAUGUUACACUAUAUCUCUUCAUGACAUAUGCUAAAAUAAUUUUAUAUAACACGCAAUAGCUUUUCAGAAUUUAUUCUUUUAAGUUUUCCAUGUGAUGUAUGCGAGUUCUUAAAUGCGAUAGGCAGGCAAUAAACGUGGUCGAGCAGACUAAGCGAGCAGUUAGAAUGCUACACAUCACAUAUUUGAAGUUUUGCAUUUUUCCAACUUUUUUUUUAGUUUUUUAAUUUAAUAUGCUGUGUUUUACUUUGUAAAAUAACCAUAGAACACAGCAUAUCUGACGCUAAUCAAAAACACAGCACAUAGGUCUGAAAGACCAAUGCAACUUUAAGUAGUCAUAACUUUUGUUACAAUAAAUCUUUUUUAACAAAGUUUUUUUUAAAUGGAAGUUUGAAGUCAGAAAUAUGACUGAAUAAAUAGUAUUGCUAAAAAAUGAUAUAUUAUGAAGUUAUUAAAGAAAAAUCAGUAAGUGAAAAUAAAGAUUUGUUACAAAACUCAUUUUUUAAUAAUCAUUGCAACAAAAACUUUUAAGGACUUAGUAAUCUCGCAUUUAAAGGUAAAGAAUGAUAUUUAAAAAAAAAGUAAUAUUGUCAUUCUUUAUAAAAAGUAUAAUUAUAUAACAAGGAAAAUAUGAUGAUAAAAAAUUUUACUUCCGUGCCAUUUAAAUUUUAGUUCAGCAUUGAAGCUGUUUAACGAUGGCGAUUGAUAGUGAGAAUUUCUAACUUUUUCCUUUCCUAGCUUGUGGACCUUCUUUAUCAUUCGGGUCUUCCAGACCUACGUGCUGUAUUAGGGUUAAAAUUAAAAUUAUUUUCAUUUAAUAAACAAUUGUAAAUAUAUUGAUUUUUUUAGAAUAUACAGUACUGAUUUGUUAUUGAAUAGAAAAAUAUGGUGAUCGUGAUGUAAGAGUUAUCGGUUUUGUCAAAAGUCCAAGUUUAAAUUUAAAAUAUAUCAGACAUUUUUAAUUGAUCAUCAUUUUUCGAAAAGCAAUGGCAAACCACCGAGAUCUUUGUCAAGAUAGUUACUAUGAAGCGUACAUGAGCAUAUAUCAAAUGAAAAUUAUAAUCUUUAGGUCAUGAAGAAUUGACUGAGAGAAAGAAGGGAAAGGAAGAGGGAAGAGAAAGGGAGAGAGAAAGAGUGUGUAAGAAAUAAAAAAUUAAUUUAAAAAUAUCCAAGUUUAUUUAUGUAUUAUAUAAAACAAUUGUAAUCAUUGUUUUUGGAAUAUUACAAUCAAAAUGAGAAUCUUACAUGUAUUUGAAUGAUAAUUAAAACAAAGGUUAAAUAAAGUAUUGUUUUAUAAAACAUUUUUUAAUGAUUAAAAUUAAAGUUAGGGUUUUACAUAAAUUUAUUUAAAUGUUUUAUUUUUUUUAUUCAAUAUAACAAAUCAGUAUUUUCUUUAAAGGUGUUGAUUAAAUGUAUGCAAAUAAUUUUCAUUUUAAAUAUUUUUAUCCUAAUAAAUUUAUAAUUCACUUGAUGUUAAAUAAAAAAAAACUGCAAAAGGAAAGAAAAAAGUUGGGGGAAAAAGCAAGGUUCAAAUGCGUGAUAUCUAGUAUUUCGGCGGCUUGCCUAGUCUGUUCGACUACGUUUACGAACUCGAGACAUACAUCGCAGAAUAAUUUAAACAAUGAUUUUUUGGAAACUAUUGCGCAUUGGACAGAAUUGUUUCAUCGCUUAUUAGUAGGAGGGGUAAAAUGUAAUAUAUGAAAAAUUUAGCAAAAUUCAUGGAGUUAAAAGUUAGUUCCAUUGCAAAUCAUAAAAAUUAUAUAAAUUCUAGUUUAUAUCUUAUUUCCCAGAGGGAUACUUUCUUUAAAUACUGUUAUUUUGCGAAUGUUCUAAUCAUAAAGUAAACUUAUAGGUAAAAAUUUGUAUGGACUUACUUAUAAGACUUACUAGGUGCCACUGCGAUCAGUAAACUUGCUAGUCUAUGAUUAGUGACUAUAUUUUUUGAAGCAUGUUAUUCUGUUAUGUUUGCGACUAUUAAUUUUAUAAAUUAAACUAUAAAGUCAAUUAUAAAGGAAUCUCAAAUUUAAUGUGAUUAUAAUUGAAUGUUAAAUAAAUAAAAAGUUUAGAUCAUAACUCACGCAAA